CUGCUGAGGAGGCUUGCGCUUACUCUAGCUAUACUACGUCCAGCCCCUGAAUCCCGGCGCAAAGGCAGAAAAUAUACUGAAGUCACAGAAUUGGGUUAGACUUUGUUGUCUGGCCCACACUGGCAUCCAGAUAGAUAUACUCGGAGCUGAUAUACAGCCAUCACCUUCGCUAUCCUUGGUCAGAAAACAAUUUCUCGCAGGGCAGAUUCAUGAAUACAAUCGACCCUGAUUUGUCAUUUCGGACACACUCAUUUAAACACAUAUCCCCGGGAAACUUCCAGACGAAAGCCCUGUGGAAAGGAAUAUAGACAAUGGCCCAAUCAAUCAAGACUGUUUCCUCUCUCACCCGCACCGUCUCCUCAACCAGUGUUCGGAGCAUCAGUAAUGAUGAAACCGUAUCUCCUCACCCUCUCCGGGCAGCGCCUGUACUCCCGCAGUCCGAGUCCACCUCGAUAAAACAUAUCAAAGCCGGUUCCUGUGUACAAGUCUCCGUCUCCGAAAUUCCCAAGCGCAAACCCGUCCUCAUUCCCCCCAAUCCUACCACCACAAUUAUAACAGCAGCACCAUACCACGACUCCCCAUUCGCGGAGAAAGGCGCUGGCGCCACCUCCGCAAAUUCUCCCUGGCGAUCCCUCACCAGCAAAUUCAAACGUCCAUUCAUGAAAUCGACGUCCGUCGCCGCAAGUCCAUCACGACCACCCACACCACCAACACCACUAAUAACGACAGCAGCGCAAACCAACGACCUCAAACCAAAACUCCCCUUCCAGUCCAACAAGAAAAAACAACGUGUCUUCUUAAUAGUCGGCGGAGUAGUCCUUCUCCACCUCAUCCUUGUAAUUGGGUUGACAGUGGGUCUUUCGGGGCGGAACAAGAGCAGUAAUAUCAAUCAUCACUCCUCUGUCGACCUCCCGCUACCCAACAACCAUGGAGGGCCGUAUAUGGGCGAUUUAACGUAUUAUGACCCGGGGCUGGGCGCUUGUGGGAUUGAGAGUUCGGCUGGGGAGCCUGUGUGUGCUGUAUCGCAUUAUCUGUAUGAUGCGGUGUCUGUAGGGCCGAAUCCGAAUGCGAAUCCGCUGUGCGGAAAGAAGUUAAGGUUGCGGAGGGCGGGGAGGAGUGUGGAUGUUACAGUUGUGGAUCGAUGUGUUGGGUGCCAGCCAAAUGAUAUCGAUGUCUCGAUUAGCGUUUUCACGCAACUGGCGUUGGAAGAGCAGGGGCGUGUGGAUGUGCAGUGGGCGUGGUUGGAGGAUACACCCCUCCCGCGCACGCCCCCACGCACGCCAGGGUAGCAGGUUGGAAGGUCCACCCCUGGUGAUAUGUGGUUAUCCUGUGGAUUUCGAGAUACGAACUUGAAUUUCUUGUUUUUGCUUUCUUUUUUAUUUUAUUUUAUUUUUGUUUGUUUUUAUCAUGAAAGAAAACCUAUGUUUCUUGCUUCAUCGUUUCGUUUCUGUUUCGUUUCGGGCGAAUGAAACGUUUCAUGCGUAUUUACUUGUUUUCAUUGUUGCGAUUUGCUCCUCUUGGAUAUGAUACCCACCUUACACCCAGCCCUUUUUUUGUAUAAAAAGGCAAUACCCUUUCAACUUCUUGGUGGGUAGUUAGGAACAUUCUUUGAUUAUUGUUGAUAUCGAAUAUAUACAUCGAGUGAAUGAUAGGUUGUCAAUGCUUAUAUCUCUAUUUAUAUCUUUUGCUUGCGUCUAAUAUCCACCGCCAGAGAAAGCGGCUUGUUAUCUUCAAUUGAUGAACUCUGAUCAUGACAUGACAUGAAUGGAACACCUCCAGUUUGCCCCUCUCACAAACCCAAAAACUUUCCACUCAUAAGCAAAACGAUCAAUAAUCAGGAAACUCCGGCUCGACUUCCUCUCUCCACGCCUUCAGUCCACCCCGGAUAUCUCCCACCCACCUCUCACCGCCCCUAUCAACACCCAGCUCUUUCAGCUUCCGCACCGCCACCUGAGAGUCAUUCCCCAAUCUACACACGACAUGGAUCGGUCUGGUCGGGUCCGUAUCGAGCAGAGAUGAAGGGUACCAGGACGGGAGAUUGAGAGCUAUUGUACUUGCUACUGCGGACGUGCCAUUGGGCGCUGUUUCAACAAGGGAGCCGGAGUUCAAUUGCGUCGCGGAGGUAGAAGAAGAAGAAGAUGACAAGAUCGACGAGAUCGGAAUAUUAACACUCCCCUUCAGCGCGCCCAGGCCGUAUUGCACCGCCUCCCGCACGUCGAUUAGAAUCGGGCUUUCCCCCUCCCCCUCCUCUCCCCACCGCUCUUGAUACCGCCUCCAAUACUCCCGAGCCGAUAUCCGCUCCUCAGCCCCCAACAGCGCCUGCGCGCCAACCACCCCGCCGCAGAACUGCACAUAAUCCAUCGACCCACUGCGCAGCGAGUCCAGCGUUAUCGUCCGCGCCGUCGGCGAGCAAGCGGCGCAGUCCUGUCGCCGUUGGCGCAGCCGUAUACUGCGGAAUGGAGGGCUAGAGAAGGCCGAGAAGAGAUGAAGGGUUGGUGACAUUGUUGUGGACGUGGCUGACGUUGUCUGCGUGAGGACGCGGAUCGCCUCGAGCGCUUGGAGGACGCCCAUGACUCCGACGACGGGGCCGAGGAUGCCGCCGUCGGCGCAGCUCGUGACGCUCGCGGCGGGAGGGGGUUUAGGGAACACACAGCGGUAGCACGGUCCUCCGGUGGUGGUUUCGGUUGGCAAGGCGGAUAGUUGGUCUACUGGCUUUUGGGGAGGGUAGUUGAGGACCAUUAGCUGGCCCUCGGUGCGAAGCGCGGAGGCGGAGACGAGUGGUUUGCCUAGGACGACAGCGGUGUCGGAGAUCAGGUAGCGGGUUGCGGGGUUGUCUGUGCAGUCGAGGAUGAGAUCGUAGGGACUGAAGAUCGAAGGCGCAUGGGCGGGGGUAAGGUUGACGCGGUAGG